UGCCAAACUUCAUUUACUAGCAUUCAUCUUGCAGUCUGUAAAAUGCAUCCUGUUACAAUACUAAUACCAGUGCUGUGCCUUUAAAUAAAGGCGGACCCAACAGUUUUUUCUGCUCCUGGAAAAUGAAACAGAAAGUCAGGCCCGAAUCUGACUUGUUUCAUAAUGACAUCCAGCAAGCAAGCUAAAGAUUAUAUGGAGGAAUUCAUUUGUCCAGUGUGUCUUGAUUUGUUAAAUGUUCCAGUAAUGCUAGAGUGUGGCCAUAACUUCUGCAAGACUUGCAUUGUCAAAGUCUGGGACAACAUAAAACAACAUUCCUGUCCUGAGUGCAGAGAGCUGUGCCCAGACAGAAAGUACACAGUGAACCGUUUGCUAGCAAAUGCAAUUCAAAUGGGGCUAACACAGACGCUGAAAGGAGAGAGACAAGACCCUGGGCAUGAAAGUUACAAGCUCUGUAAAGAACAUGAAAAAAGUCUGGAGGUGCUCUGUGAAGAUGAUGAUACUUUGGUUUGUAUACAGUGUGUUCCAAACCAUAGUGGCCAUAACUUCUUGUCUAUGCAGGAAGCAGUCAGCAUGUAUAAGGCUACAACCCAGAGUUUGGAACAACACAUUAAGUCAGAAUUUGCCACAUUGCACCAGUUUCUCCAGGACAAGGAGCAUCAGCUAAUCCAACAGCUUGAGGAUGAAACCAAAGAAGUACUAGGAAAAAUGGAGGAAAACUUGAGGAGAAUUAAAGAGACAACUGAAAGUAUUCAAAGGCAGAUAUCAGACAUUGCAUCAAAACUGCAACAGGAAGAUUCUCAGCUUUUUCUCACAGGAAUCAAGAAUGAAACAGACAGAAUUGUAAAAAAACAAGAAGAGGAAACAUAUGCUCCUUUGGAUUUUGGUGACCUGAGUCUAGGGGUGUACAAAGGCCCCCUGCAGUACAGAGUUUGGAAAGAAAUGCUGUCCAUCCUCAGUCCUGGCUUGUCUCAUCUGACCCUGGACCCUAACACAGCACAUCCUAAACUUAUCUUAUCUGAGGACCUGACCAGUGUGAGACGUGGUGACAUUAGACAGAAGCUCCCUGACAACCCUGAGAGAUUUGAUACCUGUGUCUGUGUGCUGGGAUCUGAGGGAUUCACAACAGGGAGGCACUACUGGGAAGUGGGUGUGGGGAACAAGACACAGUGGGAUGUGGGUGUCACAACAGAGUCCAGCAACAGAAAGGGGAGCAUCACAGCGUGCCCUGAGAAUGGAUACUGGGUUCUGAUGCUGAGGAAUGAGAAUGAGUACAAGGCAUGUGACUCAACAUUAAAGUGUCUAAUCUUCACCGUGAAACCCCACAGGAUCGGUGUGUACCUGGACUAUGAGGGGGGACAGGUGUCAUUAUAUAAUGCUGAUGACAUGUCCCAUAUUUACACCUACACUGACUCCUUCACUGAGAGGCUGUAUCCUUUCUUCUACAUUUCUCAUGAUGAUGAGCCACUAAAGUUGUUUUACCUGAAAUUAUAA